AUGGUAUCCAAAACUGAACAAUGGAAAAACGCAACUGAAUUGAAAGCAUUCGGAUAUUAUAAUUACAAUAUUCCAAUUGAGUCAUUGUUGCAUUUCGAUCGGUUGAACGUUCAACACAUAAAUAGAUUAAGUACUGAGAAGGCAUGGAAAUUUAUUGAGAACUUCUUGAGAAGAAACCCAGCACUGGGAUCAUGCUUUCAAGUACAAACUAUGUUUGCGCUGGACAUUGAUGGGAUUUUGGAAAACUUUUCAGUUUCCCCAAACAAUGAACCUACCGAGCAUGAAUAUUCCACGUAUUACAAGCAUACUCAACUGUUUGAAUUACCGAAUCCGAAUCAUAUAUGUGUGGUGAAGAUUUCAGAGCAUGGAAUAUAUGCGGCAGUUAGUAGGAUCACACAUCUUGAACCGGAUUUCCGAUGGUACUUAUUUGGAGUUAGGAUUGAAUAA